AAGCAAAAGAUACUUUCUCCGAAAAGCAUUAAUGGCGAGACUUGUUCGAGUCGCUAAUGAAGGUGCCUUCAGGUUUCUACUUCGCGGAGUAUCAACAUCCAGAGAAUUUAAGUUUUUGAAUUUUGUGCUAACAAGUUAAUAACGGAUCAUGCGGAAUGGUUGGUUCUUUCUUAUGGAUGUUGAUGGAGGAUCUCCAUAUAUACUCCCCACAGAGCCUCUUAUAUCCCAGAACUUUGGGGGUCAUUUAUUGUCCCACAUUGGGUCAUUUGUCGACAGUUCUCUAUAUCUCUCCAGAUACUUAAAUGUCCCUGGAAGUUUAGCUCUUCAAGAAGCUUUUGGUUGCAUUUCAAAGUUUGCUGGAGCUUUAUUAUUCUUGUUUUCAAGUGGGUCAAAUGGGCAUGUUAAACCAUUAGGGAGUUCACAUGGCUCAAAUCUUAGAAAUUGUAAAACUUGCUCCCAAGUUAAGCAAGUUACUUCAUGUAGACAUAAUACUAUUGGGUUGCAAUUUAAUUUUAGAUCAAGAGGAGAAUCUUCUACCCCAUUUCUUUUUGGUAAGAUAGCGAGAUCCACAAUCAGACACUUGUGCAAGGAAUUUGAACAGCUUCAAUCAAUUCCUGUGCUCUCUCUGGCUGCUGCUUUGGUACCGCCGUUUGACAAAAACCUAUCCCCAAGGGUCCUAGCUAUCCCUCUGGAGAAUACUGAUGUAGAAAUCAAUAGCCACAUGAAUCAACAACCUUGCCUGGAUGAGCGUCGAGGAUGUGCUACCUUUUCUUUUGUAGACAUGAAUUGGACAAGGCAUGCAGUCGAGCCAAGAACAGGCAUCAAAUUUCCCACAGUUCUGGAAUUAGAUGGAGAAAAUAACUCCAGUUUUACUUCAGAGGUUCUUGUUGGAACUGGUUCCAGGACUAUGAGAAUACUCAAAAUAAAAUCUCUGAAGGUGUAUGCAUUUGGUUUAUACAUUCAGCCUGACUCAAUUUGUGAGAAACUUGGGCCAAAAUAUGCUUCUGUGCCUGUCAGUGAACUCAACAACCAGCAAGACUUCUUUGACGAUCUUCUCAGGAAUGACAUUCACAUGACUGUUAGGCUUGUGGUUAAUUGCAAUGGGCUUAAAAUCAAUACAGUGCGAGAUGCUUUCGAGAAGUCUCUCCGAGCUCGGUUGUUGAAGUUGAACCCUAACAAUGAUGGUCACUGCCUAAGAAGUUUUCGUUCAUAUUUCACUCGUGAUAUCCCAUUACCCGAGGGUACAACAAUUGAUUUCCGACAAACAGCUGAUGGGAACCUAAUUACGGAAAUUGGUGGAGAACAGAUUGGAGCAGUCCAUAGCAAGGAUUUAUGUAGGGCUUUCUUUGACAUGUACAUUGGGGAUGUACCUGUAUCGGCAGAAGCAAAAGAAGAGAUUGCCAGAAACAUUGGCAAUAUAAUGAGGCAGUGCUAAGUUGGUUGGACGCUGUUCUCUUCCUUGUCCUACUUAGGUGCAAUCCCGUUAGAUGUUGAUGCAGUGAAGCUACUGACUGUUUGUGACCAUGGAUCUAUCAUACUCACUGAGCUCAGGUAAAGUUAUUAUUAAGAGAGGAAGUUCCAGCUGAUGAGGGAAUGCAAGAGCUCUAGAACUUUUGGCCUACUUGCAAGGGCGAAGGUAGAUUUGCUUCAGAUUUCCAGCUGCUUGGAUGCUAAUUGGAGAUCACGGCGGGUGUUAUAAUAUCUUUAGACUUGAUUACUGCUUUGCAGUUACUUUCAGACACUAGAGAGGGUUUGGCUGGAACCACAGCCGGCAUAGCGUCCUGUUUCUUCAUGAAGAAAAAUGAUUGUAUUGUAAUGCCACUUGUUUCACAAAUGAAUAAAGUUUUAGCGGCCAAAAUUUUCACA